AUGCAAGCUCCCCGUACAACAAAACAACUGCAGCAAUUGACCGGGAGGAUUGCAGCCUUGAACCGAUUCAUUUCUCGAUCAACGGACAAAUGUUUACCUUUCUUCAAGAUACUUCAGAAGAUGUUUGUUUGGAGCAAUGAGUGCGAUGAGGCUUUUUGCCAGCUAAAAGAAUACCUAGCAAACCCACCACUCCUAAGCUCGCCAGAAGAAGGAGAAAUUCUCUACCUAUACCUAACAGUAUCGCCAUCAGCUAUCAGCUCAGUUCUAGUCCAAGAAGAGUCCGAAGUGCAAAAACCAGUAUAUUUCACUAGCAGGGCGCUACACGAAGCCGAAGGAAGGUAUUCUCGGAUUGAGAAGUUGGCCUUCGCCCUCAUCACUUUAGCUCGGAGGUUGAGACCAUACUUCCUAGCACAUGCUGUAAAGGUGCUUAUAGAGUAUCCUUUGAAGAAAGUACUGCAAAAGCCCGACCUCUCAGGUAGGUUGGUAAAUUGGGCCGUGGAACUCGGAGAAUUCGACCUAGAAUUCUACCCGAGAACCACCAUCAAGGCUCAUGUUCUGGCAGACUUUAUUGCAGAAUUCAACAACCUUCCCGAAAGUCAAGAAAUACCUGACAAAGAAGCGUGGGUAGCAUAUAUCAAUGGAUCAUCCAUGAAGUCCCGGAGCGGAGCCGGGGUAGCCUUGAUAACACCAGAUAAGGAGGAAAUUGCAGUGGCGUUAAAGCUAGAUUUUCAGACCACAAACAAUGAGGCAGAAUAUGCAGCAGUAAUAGCAGGUCUCAGCCUAGUAGAAAAUCUCGGGGCAAAAAACCUUGAAGUACGAAACACUCACAAGUGGUUUUCAGCCACAUCCAAGGUGGAUCUAAAGCCAAAGGGGAAGAAAAUGAUAAAAUACCUUGCCAAGGUUUUGAGUUUUUGGGACCACUUCGAGCGAGUGGUGGUCACUCAGAUCCUAAGAACCGAAAACGAACGAGCUAAUGCACUAGCUCGACUAGAGUCGGCAACAGAUGAAAAGAUUCCAACCUCAAAACAUCGGGUAAUUGUCCUGGACAAGCCUUCUGUGGAUGACCAUGGAUCGGUAAUACAGAUCGAUGAUGCCUAUGUAAUUCCCCAAUGGGCAAGAAAUGUGGUUGAAUAUCUGAAGAACGGGCAACUGCCGAAUGAUAAAACAGAAGCUCGAAAAAUCAGGAUGCAGUCAGCACGGUAUACUCUAAUUGGUGAAAUCCUAUAUCGCCGAGGCUAUACACUCCCACUCCUAAAAUGCCUCUCAACGACUGAGACCGAGUAUGUAUUGAAAGAAAUUCAUGAGGGAGUCUGCAGCAGUCACUCGGGUGGUAGAAUGUUAGCGCACAAGGCUGUGCGAGCUGGCUACUAUGACUAUCACAACCGGGGCAAUCAAAAAUUUCCUUUGGAAGGCGAUCGUAUGUAG